UUGUCCCCUGCUCCUUCCUCUAGGCAGACACCCACUCUAUCUUAUCAUUUAGAAUAGCAGAUUGCUAGAGUUAUGGUUAUUGUGUCAGGUUAAACAGUACCCAGUACGCUGGAAGUGUGAGACUUCAGGUUGGUAGAUUCUUAAGGAAACAGAAACCUAAUCCCGAUCAGGCUCUGAAUCAAGAGUCCUCUCAGAUGCUGAACCUAUUAGACCUCAGAAUUAGAUUCUGAAUUUCGAUUUUUAGCUAUCUCAAAAAUAUGAUCUCUGCAUUUGGUUGGUAUAUGUAGUCAUAGCACUCUCUCAUUAUUCGAAGUCAACAUUAGUUAAGUGUAACAUUUAUUAGGUACAAUGAUAUAAAAGUGGAUAAAAAUAUUUAUGAUUUAUAUUUUACUGGAGAAAACGUGCCAGUAAGAGGGCCCACCCAAAAAGAAUAUAGUAUAGUGUGAUUUGACCAAAGUAAAGAUGCACAGGUUGUCUUGGAGCACACAGUAGUGAUAAUUGGCCUGACAAAGGGGCUUAAGGAAGACCUCCUUCAGAUAAAUCUUAAAAGAUGAAAGAGCCAGUCAAAGAAAGAAUGAAAUGGCAGAGAGGUUAGCAUGAUCCAAGGCACAGAGGAAAGAAAUAAUGUGGUAUUAUAAGCACUUGGGAAGUACCCAGUGGUAAGUGUGCAGGACUGAGACUAAAGACAUAAGUAGGGGUAAGGUCAAAGAAGGCCUUAUAUGCUAUAUACACCAAGGAGCUUGAACUUCUGUAUGUACUCAAGUCACUGAAAAGUUUUAGCAAAGGAGUGACAUGCCCUCACUCCCUAGCUAGCUAUGGGGAAAGUGUUAGCUGAGCUGGGCCUUGAAAGGUAGAACUAGAAGAGGAGGACAAGGUGCACAAGAGUUAGGUGAACAAGAACAGGGACUAUCCAGAGAAUGAGUAAUCUGGCUUUUGUCUCUAGUAUAGGGGGGAUGGUGGGGGCAAGUAACAGAAGAAGCCUGGAGGAUAGGGGAAGUCAGAGGCUUCAUCCUUAGAUAGGGAGUGGCAAGCUUGCAAAGAUUUUUGAGCUUAGAGUGUCAAGGUCCUAAGUUAUGCUUUAGGAACAUUUCUGUCAGUAGUGUCACCAGUAGAAGUUUAAGAUCAGAGAGGGAAAAGAAGGAAUAGAGAGAGUACUGAGGAUUUGGCAGUAGGGGUUAAAAAGAGGGUGAAUGACAAAUGCAUGAAAUGUAAUUGACAGGAUUGGCAGCUGGUGAGAUCAAAAGAGGAAGCAAAGAUGAUAUCGUGGCUUUGAACCUGGAUGGCUAAGAAAGCUACGGGGCUGUGGAAUGAUGUAGGGAAGAACAUGUUUUAUUUAGUAGGCACAUCGCCAAAUUAAUUUUCUUAAAACUCCACUUUGCUCACGGCACUCCUCUGUAUAUGAAUGUUAAAUUGUUCUCUUGUUUUUGCUUGAAGGCUAAACUCCUCUACCCUGUGUGCUUUCAAGACUGUCUUUAAUCUGACUUCCCAUGAUCUAACCAUCACUCCUCUAUACUUUUUAGAGCAUUCUUAACCUCUUUCAUGUUCAUUCUUGUUUCUAUUCUCUCCAUCUUCUCAGCCAAGAAUGCCUUUACCAUGCCUUUCAGCUUUAAUAAACCGCACGGAGCUCGUCUUCUACUGGAUAACUCCAACUGCCGUUUAUCUCUCCUUUUCUAAUUUCUUAGAAUGUUUUUAUGUAUCAUAAAUUUUAGGCAUUUCGUUAUAUUCCAUCUUGCACUUUUGAGUGACUCUUGGAUGUUUGUUUCUCCAACAUGAAGUUUGAGCAUUUACUGUUUAUAUCUUUUCCCAAUGUAAAUCAUUCUUUUUACAUCCUUAUGUAAAAUAUGAACAUAUUUGGAUCUUCUUGUUUUUAGAUUUUCUACAACUCUGAGAAUUUUAGGCUGACUGUGAAAGCCAGUUCAAAAAGCAUUGUGUUGUUUUGCUGGCUAUCUCAUGCCAUUCUUCUUUUGAUGGCGGCUCCCUUCAUAAUUGGUCACAUUUACUUUGAUUCAUGAAAAUGUAUUCUUUUAUUUUUGUGCUGUGUAUAUGUCUAUGUGGUCCUUAUGGAUUUGAGUUCUCAGUGAUUAGAGAUUACAAACGGGAUGAAGGCUCAAGGGCCAGGUUUGGCCACCCAGUUUUUGUUGUUGUUGGUAAAAUAAACUUGUCUGAAAUAAUUUUAGAUUUACAGUAAAGUUGAAAAGAUACUACAGAGUUCCCAUACGUCAGUUUCACCCAUUAUUAACAUCUUAUGUUGUGUCCUGUACAUUUGUCAAAACUAAGAAACUGACAUUGCUACUAAUUAAACUCUAGACUUCAUUUAGAUUUCACCAGUUUUUCUGUUUCCUCUUUAUGUUCUAGGAUCCAACCCAGGAUACCACAUCGCAUGUAGUUGUCUGACUCCCCAGCCUCUUCUGGUCUCCACACAGUGUUUUUAUUAUUAUCCUUUAAAUUUUCAAUUGAUUGCCAACAUUGAAAAAUUAGUAGAGUCCACCUAAUCUAGAAUUCCAGCUUCUUACAGUUCAUACUGUCAACAUCAUUUUUUGUCUUUUUAUACAGUAAAGUCUGUAUAAAGCUCACGUUUAGCCACAUGUGGCUAUGGGUACUGAGAAAGUGAAAUUUUAAUUUUAUUGCCGUGCAUAGCUCUAGAGCCUACUUGAUUGUUAGAGUCAAGGUUUUAGUGCUCACACUGAACAUACCUAGUUAGGCUAUAGCACCCCUGUAGAAUUUUGUCUUAAUGAAGCUUAUUUCUAAGACAGCUGCCUUCUCCAGUUAAAUAGUACCUAUAGAUGUUGCUGCAUUUGGUGGUAAAACUUUAUAUAAAUGUUGGAGUUGUGUCAGAUACUAUAAAUUAAAGUUGUUUGUAAAGAACAAUGGAUGUCUCUAUGAAGACAAUGGAUGUUUAUUUCUGGUGGCUGUGGGUCCAUGAUUCACCUAGUAAAGGUAUGGACCAGUGUAAUAAGUGAUAUGGUGAAAUUCUUGAGAGUUUUAUUCUUAUCUUUUGGCUUCAACUUUGAAAAACUGGGAAGAGCAUGAAUGUUUGAAUAUUUAAAUGUCUUUUAAAAAUAUGUAUGAAUAUCUCCUUGAAGGAGCAGGGAGGUGAUGAGCUGAGUUAUAGAAGGGGAUGGAUAAAUUUCAGAUGACCUGUGGCCUUCAUAGUGUAAAGACAGGAAAGGAGUUAAUGUCCUAUCUUCAAAGUGUCCUUGGGAACUCGAUGAAGAAUAAAGGUAUUUUUUAAAACAGGCUUUGAACUUUGAUGCUGGCUUGUUUUAGAAACAUGCUAAUUCUAUAUUCCUUGCAAAAGAAAAAGUACUGUUGAUUUUUGACAGCAAAUGUCUGUCUGUCUGUCUGUUGCACCAGUGCUUUCUUCAGAUGAUUUUAUAAGCAAGCUACGUUCCAAACAAUUAACCCUAAGCCUCCUAAGGGAGAUGUGGGGAGCCUGAAGUGAAAGCAGCAACAAAGAAAAAUUUUCUUGUAUUUUCUAGUGAUCACAUAGGAAAACAUGGUUUGUUACUGCUGUUCUCUUUCUGGAUACAGUAAGAACUCAAAUGAAACUUAAGCAAUGUUUAAAAUACAAGUUUUUCUCUGCCACAACUGGAAACCAUUGUUCUUAUUCAUUUCUAGCCUUAAAUUUCUUUUCCAUCAAACACAAUUUCAUUACCUAUCUAAGGGAAUGAUCGAAAUAUUCGAGAGCUAUGAAGUCAGCUGCAUGUCAGAUCAUAUCAUAGACAUGAUUGUAGCUAAUUUGAAUAUGUACUAUGUGCCAGGCACAGUGCUUUGUAUUUAUUUCAUUUAGUCGAGGAAAAUAUUCUAAAUAUUUUACCACUGAUACCAAAUGGGUACCACCCAUUUGGAACACGUGCUGGAGCAGGAUCCUAAAAGUUUCUUAAUGUGCUAAGUGUAACCCUUUAUUGAAUUUUGGGAAAUCUGUGGGGGCCAGGGCAGUAGGCUGGCCGCUCAGGGACUUCAGGUGGUGGGUAUUUAAAAAUUGUUAGGUGAGUAGGGCUUCAUCAUUGUGGAUUAGUACAAACAAUAUUACGGUAGCCUGUAUUUAACUCCAACAGAUUUAUGAAAAUAGAUAGUAUUAUCACCACUUAUAGGUGAAAUUUAGGCUAAGAAGAGUUAAGCAACUUGCUCACUGGUUAUAUAACUAACAAGUGCCUGAGCCAGGAUUUGACUACUAACUACCACUGGGGUUUCUUCGAAAACAACCUUACAGUUACAUGGAAGACAAAAACGGGAAGACUACACCAUUGCCCAUGCUUUAAUAAUGGUCAGUGAAUGAAAUAAAAUUAUUCUACUUUUUGAAAUAUUUCAGGAAGAUCUUUUAGCAGAUUUCCCUUUGGUUUAGGACAAUGAAAUUAAUAAAAAAUUGUAACACUAGCAGAAUUUUGUGAAUCGGGGGAUUUGACAACUUUGCAGUGAGCAAGGUGGUUGGCUUUUCAGGAAUCAUUUAAAAAGCUUUUAAAUUGUUUAUUACCUCUUUGAGUGUUGGUGAAAAAUAAUGUGAGUUUUAGGGACCAAGCAAGAAGCUGAUUCUAAAAGCGUUCCCGAUGCUUCAGACCCUUAGGGAAUGAAAACACAUCACUUUCUGGAGCAAAACCCUGAUGGCUAGAUUAGGUUUGAAAUGUUUUGCUACAGCUCUUUUAAGAGAAAUGUGAAGAGCCUUUUACAAAAAACAAAAACACACAACCUUCAUUACAUGUGUUCUUCAAACAGAUGGAGAUACCACCUUCUGAAGAGCUUGGGCAGUAGUAAAAUCCUUUUCCAAUGUGCCUUUUGACUGAUAAAUUUGCUGAAGUCAUAAGGACACAGUUUAACUUUUGGAAUAUGACUGAGAUGUGGCUGAGUUUGAGUCAAAGUAAGAAAAGUGUUUAAUUUGUCCUCUUUUCAUUGAUAAAUAAAGCACAUCUUUACAUAAGUUUUUCUUUUAAUCAUCACUGCCAGCAUCAGCCAUGUUUCACCAUCUCAUAAGAUCAUCCUUGGAAUCAGUGAUAAAUGAAAGAUAAUUGUCUAGUAACUCAGGGUUCCAAACUUAGGAUCCAUAAAAUGCUAUUGACUUCUUCAUUCAACAUUUGUGCAAUAUUUAUUGCGUGCUGCCAUGUUUCAAGUGAUCAACUGCCAACUGAAAGGUUGGCAGUUGAAAACCACCAGCGGCUCUGCAGGAGAAAGAUGUGGCAAUCUGCUUGUGUAGAGAUUUAUAGCGCUGGAAACCCUGCGGGGUCGCCAUGAGUCAGAAGCAACUCAACGGCAGUAGGUGGGUUACUUACCCUGUUUCAGUCACUGGUAAUAAGCAUGAACAAAACAAGUCCCAUAUCUCUGCCUGCACUGAGCUUCCAUUCUCACCUUUGUUUUAUUUCAGUAAAGGUGAACAUAUUUUUAAAGGCCUGAGUUGGUUAGCCUGUGAUCCUACCUUACCACUCCGUUUUCUACAUAAGAUCUUAAGUUUCUCAAUGACAGUGCCUCCUGCUAUAAUGAGUUUGAGGAACCUAACUUUGGUGGUGUGGGUGAGGGGUUACUGAACUGCAUAGAUUAUCAGAGGAGGAAACUGAGGCCCAAAUAGAUUGUGACUUCAGGUGUGUUGCCUACCCUUGUUCACAUAAUUGGCAUUUGUAGAACUAUUAGGGUAAAGAGAGGGAGGCCGCUCACUGCUGAAGACAGCAAUCUUGGAGAGUCUGGUCAACUCAAGACUGAGGUAUUCCCCAUCUUACCCAUUGUCGUCUAGUCGAUUCGGACUCAUAGCAACCGUACAGGACAGAGUAGAACUACCCCAUACGGCUCCCAAGGCAAUAAUCUUUACGGAAGCAGACUGCCACAUCUUUAUCCCAGUUGGUGGGUUCGAACCACCGACCUUUUCAAUUAGCAGCCAAGCUCUUAACCAUUGUGCCACCAGGGCUCCUUAUCACCUUAGCCAUCUCAGCAACCCAUUUCUGUCACCCACUUUGGGAGGCUCAGCUACUAAUAGCAGAACUAAGAAUUGAGAGCCUUCUUUUUCUCCACAUCGUACACAGUAGAAAUUGUGGCUUUUACAUUAUAGGCUAGUAUUAUGUAGUAUUGAAAAUACCAGGUUCUGAUUCCAAAUGGGCCCUGGUAGAAUAUUGAAUGUUCUGUUGCUUUAUGAGAGAUUGUAAAAGCAAAUGUAUGCUGAACUCUUUGAAGUAGCAGAGAUUCUUACUGUUUAAGGAUUUACUAAUGGCAGGUGUUUUUCUUCCUAUGGAAGCUAUGUAACAAGAUUUGUAGCUCUACACUAACAAGAGGAAAAAAACACUUCUACUUUUAUGGGAAAUGGUCAAUGAAAUUAUUUUUAGUGCCAGAACAGAUAAAGCCCAGUGUAAGCCAGCCUCAGCCUGCCAACUCUAAUAACGGCACUUCCACAACAACCAGCACUAAUAAUAAUGCCAAGCGAGCCACAGCCAACAAUCAGCAGCAACCGCAGCAGCAGCAGCAGCAGCAACAACCGCAACAGCAGCAGCAACCACAGCAGCAGCAGCAGGCCUUGCCUCGGUAUCCUCGUGAAGUGCCACCACGAUUUCGCCACCAGGAGCAUAAACAGCUUCUAAAGAGGGGUCAGCAUUUUCCUGUCAUAGCAGCAAACCUGGGAUCUGCUGUUAAAGUGUUAAACAGCCAGUCAGAAAGCAGUGCUUUAACAAAUCAACAGCCACAAAAUAAUGGAGAGGUGCAGAACAGCACAAACCAGUCAGAUUUAAACCACGAUACUUCAGGAUCCCAUUAUGAAAAUUCCCAGCGUGGACCUGUGUCUUCUACGAGUGACUCUAGCACAAACUGUAAGAAUGCUGUUGUAAACGACUCCUCUGAAAAAGAAGCAUGGCCCUCAAUCCCUGGCAGUGAUCCAGAGUUGGCUUCAGAAUGUAUGGAUGCUGAUUCUGCCUCCAGUCCUGAAUCAGAGAUAAACAUCACUAUCAUGGCUUCAGGAAGCACAGGUGGCGAAAAAGAUGGUCUUCGGAAUAGCACUGGACUAGGUUCCCAAAACAAGUUUGUGGUUGGUAGCAACAGCAAUAAUGUGGGCCAUGGAAGUAGUACUGGGCCAUGGGGUUUUUCCCAUGGAGCCAUAAUAAGCACAUGUCAGGUCUCUGUGGAUGCUCCUGAAAGCAAAUCAGAAAGUAGCAACAAUAGAGUGAGUGCUUGGGGCACUGUAAGUUCUUCAUCAAAUGGAGGGUUAAAUCCAAGCACUUUGAAUUCAGCUAGCAACCACGGUGCCUGGCCGGUAUUAGAGAAUAAUGGACUUGCCCUAAAAGGGCCUGUAGGGAGUGGUAGUGCUGGCAUCAAUAUUCAGUGCAGUACCAUAGGCCAGAUGUCUAACAAUCAGAGUAUUAACUCUAAAGUGGGUGGUUCUUCUACCCAUGGUACCUGGGGAAGCCUUCAGGAAACUUGUGAAUCUGAAGUAAGUGGUACACAGAAGGUUUCAUUCAGUGGUCAACCUCAAAAUAUUACCACUGAAAUGACUGGACCAAAUAACACUACUAACUUUAUGACCUCUAGUUUACCAAACUCCGGUUCAGUACAGAAUAACGAACUGCCUAGUAAUCCAGGGGCCUGGCGUGUGAGCACAAUGAAUCAUCCUCAGAUACAGGCUCCAUCAGUUAUGAAUGGCACUUCCAUUUCUCACCUUAGCAAUGGAGAGUCAAAAAAUGGAGGCUCUUAUGGUACUACAUGGGGUGCCUAUGGUUCUAAUUAUUCUGCAGACAAAGGUUCCGGCCCUAAUGGCCAAGCUAAUGGUGACACUGUGAAUGCAACUCUAAUGCAGCCUGGCAUAAAUGGGCCUGUGGGCACUAACUUUCAAGUUAACACAAAUAAAGGAGGAGGUGUGUGGGAGUCUGGGUCCGCAAGUUCCCAGAGUGCAUCAUGGGGAAGUGGAAAUGGUGCAAAUCCUGGAGCAAGUCGAAGAGGAUGGGGAACCCCUGCACAAAACACUGGCACUAAUAUACCCAGCGUGGAGUGGAGCAAACUGCCUAGCAAUCAGCAUUCCAAUGACAGUGCAAAUGGCAAUGGUAAGAAGUUUACAAAUGGAUGGAAAUCUACUGAGGAAGAGGAUCAGGGUUCUGGCACGUCUCAGACAAAUGAGCAAAACAGCGUGUGGGCCAAAACAGGAGGUACAGUGGAGAGUGAAGGUAGUACAGAAAGCACUGGACGCCUUGAGGAAAAAGUAACUGGGGAGAGUCAGAGUAGAGAUAGAAGAAAAAUUGAUCAGCACACAUUACUCCAAAGCAUUGUAAACAGAACUGAUUUAGAUCCACGUGUCCUGUCCAACUCUGGUUGGGGACAGACUCCUAUUAAGCAGAAUACUGCCUGGGAUACUGAGACAUCACCUAGGGGGGAAAGAAAGACUGAUAAUGGGACAGAGGCCUGGGGAAGCUCUGCAACACAGACUUUUAACUCAGGGGCAUGUGUAGAUAAGACUAGCCCUAAUAGUAAUGAUACCUCAUCUGUAUCGGGGUGGGGAGAUCCCAAACCUACUCUGAGGUGGGGAGAUUCCAAAGGCUCAAACUGCCAGGGGGGAUGGGAAGAUGAUUCUGCUGCUACAGGAAUGGUCAAGAGCAAUCAAUGGGGGAAUUGCAAAGAAGAGAAGUCCGCAUGGAAUGAUUCGCAAAAGAACAAACAGGGAUGGGGUGAGGGACAAAAAUCAAACCAAGGGUGGUCUGUUUCUGCCGGUGAUAACUGGGGAGAAACUUCAAGGAACAACCAUUGGGGUGAGGCUAAUAAGAAAUCCAGCUCAGGAGGUAGUGACAGUGACAGGUCCGUUUCUGGUUGGAACGAACUUGGUAAAACUAGUUCUUUUACUUGGGGAAAUAACAUAAAUCCAAAUAACUCAUCAGGAUGGGAUGAAUCUUCUAAAUCUAAUCCUUCCCAGGGAUGGGGAGACCCUCCAAAGUCUAAUCAGUCUCUAGGUUGGGGAGAUUCGUCUAAGCCAGUCAGUUCUCCAGACUGGAACAAGCAACAAGACAUUGUUGGAUCUUGGGGAAUCCCACCAGCUACAGGCAAACCUCCUGGCACAGGCUGGCUGGGGGGACCUAUACCAGCCCCAACAAAAGAAGAAGAGCCCACAGGCUGGGAGGAGCCAUCCCCAGAAUCCAUACGUCGCAAAAUGGAGAUUGAUGAUGGAACUUCAGCUUGGGGAGAUCCAAGCAAAUACAACUACAAAAAUGUGAACAUGUGGAACAAAAACAUCCCAAAUGGCAGCAGCCGUUCAGACCAGCAAGCACAGGUACAUCAGCUGCUACCACCUGCAAGUGCCAUCUCAAACAAAGAGGCAAGCGGUGGGUCCGGCUGGGGUGAGCCCUGGGGGGAGCCGUCUACUCCAGCCACAACUGUGGAUAAUGGUACUUCAGCAUGGGGUAAACCCAUAGACAGUGGUCCCAGCUGGGGGGAACCCAUUGCCGCGGCAUCCAGUACAUCCACGUGGGGCUCCAGCUCUGUUGGUCCACCAGUGUUAAACAAAUCUGGGCCAAAAUCUAUGCAAGAUGGCUGGUGUGGUGAUGAUAUACCAUUGUCUGGAAAUCGCCCCACUGGCUGGGAAGAGGAAGAGGAUGUAGAGAUUGGAAUGUGGAAUAGUAAUUCAUCUCAAGAGCUAAACUCUUCUUUAAAUUGGCCACCAUAUACAAAGAAAAUGUCAUCGAAGGGUCUGAGUGGCAAAAAAAGGAGAAGGGAAAGGGGAAUGAUGAAAGGUGGAAACAAACAAGAAGAAACAUGGAUAAAUCCAUUUGUUAAACAGUUUUCAAAUAUCAGUUUUUCGAGAGACUCAUCAGAAGAAAAUGUUCAGAGCAAUAAGAUGGACCUUUCUGGAGGAAUGUUACAAGACAAACGAAUGGAGAUAGAUAAACAUAGCCUAAAUAUCGGUGAUUACAAUCGAGCGGUCGGGAAAGGCCCUGGUUCUCGGCCUCAGAUUUCCAAAGAGUCUUCCAUGGAUCGCAGUCCUUAUUUUGAUAAGAAUGGCAAUCCCAGUAUGUUUGGUGUUGGAAACACAGCAGCACAACCCCGGGGCAUGCAGCAGCCUCCAGCACAACCUCUUAGUUCAUCUCAGCCUAAUCUCCGUGCUCAAGUGCCUCCUCCAUUACUCUCCCCUCAGGUUCCAGUUUCAUUGCUGAAGUAUGCACCAAACAACGGUGGCCUGAAUCCGCUCUUUGGCCCUCAACAGGUAGCCAUGCUGAACCAGCUAUCCCAACUAAACCAGCUUUCUCAGAUCUCCCAGUUACAGCGAUUGUUAGCGCAACAACAGCAAAGGGCGCAGAGUCAGAGAAGUGUGCCUUCUGGUAACCGGCAGCAGCAAGACCAGCAGGGUCGACCUCUUAGUGUGCAGCAGCACAUAAUCCAACAGUCUCGUCAACUUGAUCCAAACGUGUUGGUGAAGCAACCGACUCCGCCAUCUCAGCAGCAGUCACUCCAUCAGCCAGCCAUGAAAUCGUUCCUUGAAAAUGUCAUGCCCCACACUACACCUGAGCUGCAAAAAGGGCCAUCACCAAUAAAUGCUUUCAGCAACUUCCCUAUAGGCUUGAACUCAAACUUGAAUGUAAAUAUGGAUAUGAACAGUAUUAAAGAGCCACAGUCAAGACUAAGGAAGUGGACUACAGUGGACAGCAUUUCUGUGAACACAUCUUUGGAUCAAAACUCCAGCAAACAUGGUGCUAUUUCAAGUGGUUUCAGGCUGGAAGAAUCUCCAUUUGUUCCCUAUGACUUUAUGAACAGCAGUACUUCACCAGCCAGUCCUCCGGGUUCAAUAGGAGAUGGCUGGCCACGUGCCAAAUCGCCUAAUGGCUCUAGCAGUGUUAAUUGGCCGCCAGAAUUUCGCCCUGGUGAACCAUGGAAAGGUUAUCCAAACAUUGACCCCGAAACUGACCCUUACGUCACUCCUGGCAGUGUCAUAAACAAUCUUUCAAUUAAUACUGUGCGGGAAGUUGACCACCUCAGGGACAGGAACAGUGGGUCAUCCUCAUCCUUGAACACCACGCUGCCUUCAACUAGUGCCUGGUCAUCCAUUCGUGCCUCCAACUACAACGUUCCCCUCAGCAGUACAGCACAAAGCACUUCAGCCAGAAAUAGUGAUUCCAAAUUGACAUGGUCUCCUGGUUCAGUUACAAACACCUCUCUGGCUCAUGAACUGUGGAAGGUCCCUUUGCCACCUAAAAACAUCACUGCUCCGUCCCGCCCACCUCCGGGACUGACUGGUCAGAAGCCACCCUUGUCUACAUGGGAUAAUUCUCCCAUUCGUGUAGGUGGAGGAUGGGGAAAUUCUGAUGCCAGAUAUACCCCAGGUUCCAGCUGGGGUGAGAGCAGCUCAGGGAGAAUAACUAAUUGGCUUGUUCUGAAAAACCUCACACCUCAGAUUGAUGGCUCAACUCUGCGUACUCUGUGCAUGCAACAUGGCCCACUGAUAACAUUCCACCUGAACCUCCCACAUGGAAAUGCUUUGGUCCGUUACAGUUCAAAAGAAGAGGUAGUGAAGGCACAAAAGUCUCUGCACAUGUGUGUAUUGGGGAACACUACUAUUCUUGCUGAGUUUGCCAGUGAAGAGGAGAUCAGUCGUUUCUUUGCACAAAGUCAGUCUCUGACCCCUUCUCCCGGCUGGCAGUCUCUCGGGUCCAGCCAGAGCCGGCUGGGCUCCCUCGACUGUUCCCACUCGUUCUCCAGCCGGACGGAUCUCAAUCACUGGAAUGGUGCUGGGCUGUCGGGAACUAACUGUGGAGACCUUCAUGGCACUUCACUCUGGGGGACCCCACAUUAUUCCACAAGCCUGUGGGGUCCUCCAAGCAGCAGCGACCCACGGGGAAUUAGCAGCCCGUCCCCCAUUAAUGCUUUUCUUUCUGUUGACCACCUGGGUGGGGGUGGAGAGUCCAUGUAACAGUGUAGAUGUCGACUCACAAACUGUGACCUCAAGACGCGAAAGAAAGGAGCACUAAGUUGGGCUCGCAGCCUGCAGCCAGGGGCCACCUGUGGGAACAGCUAUUCUCUGCACAUUUUCCACUUUGUUUUCCCCAAAACAUAUCAGUUUGAAUACUUGAAUCAUGCAGGCCAAUAUUAUAAUGUGAAAAGGUAUCUAUUUACACUCCCAAAUAGCGCCAUACAUGCUAAACCAUAGAGAAUGAGCUCCCUUGUGUAUCUUCAUCAUGUUUAGCUUUUGGAAUCUUCCCCCCCCCCUUCUCUAUCUCCCCCCCCUUUUUUUUGUUUUAAUUUUUUGCAAAACCAUUUUUUGGGCUGAUAAUGUAUGAGCUUUUCACUUUGCACUGAAUGGUGUUCUCUCCGGCUAACCGGCAGUGUGGGGGGGGCAGCUGUUCCAGUGUAAAUGUUUACUCAAGGACGUUCUUCAAAGGUGUGCGCUCUCUACUAUGCCUUGAUGUCUGCCUACCUUAUUGUGGUAUUGUGGAGUUUAAAAGAUCAAGUUAUGAUACUGACUUAGGAUUAUUAAUGAAAGUAUUGCACCAGUUCUUUCAUGAUGUAAAACUAAAGAAUUUCGCUCUGCAGUUUGAAAAACUGUGGCCACAGCUGUGACUUGCAGCCCACCUGCCACCCAGGACGGGCCCUGCACUUUGAAUAGGCUUUCCAUUUUGUUUUGAAGGUUCCCAUGUUGAACCUUCUUGUUUACAGAUGUUUUUGUUUGUUUUUUGAGAAAAAAAAAAAAAAUGUUUACUCUUUCAUCAUUUAAAAAAAAAAUUUAAAAGACAAAAAAAAAAAAAAAGGAGGAUGAUUUAAAAGAUGCUUUCUAUCUCUGGGAAAAAGGCGCAGCAUUUGGCCAUGUUCUUUUGUUUUUCUAUUCCUGUCCUAAAUCAAAGAGCAUGGUUCUCAGGAAAACCAGUUCCCCAGUUAAUAAUAACAAAAUAAAACAAAAAAAAAAUAAAAUAAAAUAACUCCUUGUAGUUUCUUAUAGGAAUAAAAGAAAAACCCCAACUUUUAGCACUGAUACUACGUAUUGCCCUGUUAAAGAAUUUUCUCUGCCAAAAAAAGAAAAACGCUUAAAGCUGGAGUUUGACAUUCUGCUUUCAGACGCUGUCUUUUUAUUAGUGAGUGAUGAUGGUUUGCUAAUAAUCAAUAGGUAAUAAUUGUUUUUUGUAAUCCCAUCAAGUGGCUCUCUAUGUUUCUGCUCUCUUGUGACUGUGUUAAUGUUUAACUGUUGUACCUUAAAGCCGAGAUCAGUAACUAUGCAUACUGUAACCAAGGUAUUGGGCUUACAGAGUCGUUUGUUGUAUAAAGAAAAAAUUUUAAAUGUUGUUGCAAAACUUAACGAGUUACACCAUUUUUAAAAUUUCUUUCUCCCCUCCCCCCUUUUCGUUUUGCCCACAAAUGGUAUUAUAAUGCUUGCUUAGUCAAAGAAGAGACUAAACAAGGGUAAAAAUUUUAACAGCGCAGAUUUGCCAUCAUUUCAUUGCCUUGAUUCUAACUGUUUGUGUCCUAAGAUGCAAAAGAAGUCAGUGGCUUUUAACUGUUUACAAAUAGAAUGUGAUUGUAAAAUGUACAGUUUGGUUGUGUUUGAAUUAUGAAAUUUCAGAUAUAAUAAACCAUGACUUUUUGGCUGCUCAACA